UUCAGUUGCGCAUGUGAACUUGUGACGUCACAUCGUGAAUUACACGCGGUGUGGAGGAAAUAGGAAAGUGACUGUGUGAAGACAGAUUUUCAUUGUGAUAUUUCUAAAUAUGGCGUCCCAGAAUGGACAAGACAAUGUGCCAGAUUCAUGGGACGACAAUCCAAAUGGUUCCAGCGACCCAACCUCAGAUUUGUCGUCGGGACUUUCAAGUCUGAAUGUCAACGCCCCUGUUUUCACACCAGGUCAAAACGUUUUCGCCCAACCAUUCGUCCCAACAUUUGACCAUACAACUCCUCAGCAUACAACCUCCUCAACAGAUGGCGAAGUCCAGUCACAGGGUUUCACACCACAGCCAAAUCCAGAAGAAACGCCUCCUCAGGAACUCGAAAAAGAAGCAAUGGAAACAGAUGGGAUAGAUGUAUCUCCUGUCGAGGAAGGCAAUGGGGAUAUAGCCAACUGGGAUGAGGGGGAAGAUGAAGAAGAGGAUAUUGAAGACGAAGAAGAAGACGAGGAUGAUCCUGAGGCUGUGAUGCCUGUAAAGAAACCAAAAGUUCCAGGUCAACCAAAAGUCAGAAAAGAACAUUUAAAUGUGGUCUUCAUUGGGCACGUUGAUGCUGGCAAGUCAACGAUUGGAGGGCAUUUGUUGUAUUUAACAGGAAUGGUAGACAAAAGAACACUGGAAAAAUAUGAGAGGGAAGCCAAGGAAAAAAACAGAGAGACAUGGUAUUUGUCAUGGGCUCUCGACACCAACUUGGAGGAGAGGGAAAAGGGCAAAACAGUCGAAGUUGGAAGAGCGUUUUUCGAGUCAGAAAAAAAACAUUACUCCGUGUUAGAUGCCCCUGGUCACAAGAGCUUUGUCCCCAACAUGAUCUGUGGAGCGUCACAAGCAGAUCUUGCUAUUCUGGUCAUAUCAGCAAGAAGAGGUGAAUUUGAGACAGGGUUUGAAAGGGGAGGACAGACACGAGAACAUGCCAUGUUGGUGAAGACAGCUGGAGUGAAACAUUUAGUGGUGCUUAUAAAUAAAAUGGAUGAUCCUACAGUGGAGUGGGAAGAAGCAAGGUACAAUGAGUGCAAAGAAAAACUCCUCCCUUACUUGAAAAAAUGUGGCUUCAACCCCAAAACUGAUGUCUACUUCAUGCCUUGCUCAGGUCUUACGGGAGCUUUCCUCACAAUGGUCCCUGAUGACUCAGUUUGUCCAUGGUUCACUGGUCCUUCAUUAUUAGAAUACCUCGAUGUAAUGCCACCCAUCAGCAGAGCUAGUGAUGCAGCAGUGCGGUUGCCGGUUGUGGAUAGAUACAAGGAUAUGGGCACGAUAGUGCUUGGGAAAAUUGAAUCUGGUAUUGUCACUACAAAUCAAAAACUUCUCAUGAUGCCAAACAAGGCAUACAUCAAAGUGAUGACCAUUGUGUCAGACGAAGAGGACAGUGAAGACGCUAUGCCAGGAGAGAAUGUCAAGUUGAAAAUCAGUGGUGUUGAAGAGGAGGAUGUUUCCCCAGGAUUUGUGUUGUGCUCUCCUGAGGAUGUAUGCAAUACAGGAAGGAUCUUUGAUGCUCAGAUUGUCAUAUUAGAGUACAAAUCCAUCAUUUCUGCUGGUUACAGUUGUGUGUUACACAUUCAUUCAUGCGUGGAGGAAGUCACAAUAAAGGCCUUGAUUUGUUUAAUAGACAAGAAGACUGGGGAGAAAUCUCAAGUGAGACCAAGAUUCAUCAAACCUGACCAAGCUGGCAUUGCAAGACUCGAAGUGAAUGGUGGGCUGAUCUGCCUUGAGACAUUCAAGGAUUUCCCUCAAAUGGGAAGGUUCACACUGAGAGAUGAAGGUAAGACCAUCGCCAUUGGGAAGGUGCUCAAGAUCAAGGAAUAGAUGUGACCGCAGUUCUUACGUUGCCUUGGUGCAGGACACCAGUCCUUCACAAUGAAAGACUCAGCAGGAUGCCCAGUAGAGACUUAAAUAUUCAAGGACAUUUUUUUUGCUUUAGCCAGAUGUGCAGGUAUGGGUUUAGGAUUGUUGUAAUCUUUAGUCAAAAGCACAUUUUACUACCCAUGCUGCCAUGUGAAUAAAAUUUUAUAAAAACAAGUGACAGGCAGAGGAUUUAACUUCAACAGCUGCUAUUAUAUCUUUUUUUCUAAAUGUAGAGAGUACGGCUAGUGUGGAACCAAGUUAUGAUUCUACAAAAUUAUGUUGUGAUUUUAUGUCAUCGUCUGAUUCCCUAGAAGAGUUAGAAAUAGUUAGCAUGUCAGCCUGAAGUAUGUUGAGAAAGUGUUUUUGGUAGCACUGACAAGUAUUGAUGAAAUAUGAAAUUUAAAGGCGUUUUUGAAAAAUCUACUGACUACUGCAUUUUAUUGAUUACCCUCUUAGUGGUGAUUGAGCAGGAGCAAAGUGAAGCUCAAUCUGAAUUCUUAUGGUUAUUUCUGCAUGUGGAAAUAACCCGUAGUGCCGUCAUGGUCCUCUGCUGAUACUUCCUGAAAUAAGCAAAAUAUAGAUGAGAAAUGAGGUUUGAUGUUUUUACUUGGUGUUCUGCCAAUUGAGUGUUUUCUUUCUUUUGCUAAUGAAGUUCUAUGCUGGUUUGGUUGCCGUCUUAUUGUAUGAGCCUUACUGUACCCAAUGGAAGCUUGGACUUGGUGAUAAUUGUUUCCUCAAAUUAGUUGUACCAUUGUAUAAAGGACUGGCAUUAACAAAUGUUGUACAUUUUACUUGAGACAAUGAUGGAUUAGUAGAAAGCAUGUUUAAGAAAGAUGUGUGGCUUUGAAAUGAGACUGAUUGAUUUAUUUAUGGAGAAAAGUGUGGCUGCUGUGUGUGAUUGCUGAUUGUUCUUUGACCUUGUGCCCGGAUUUGAUCUGUAACAGAUCUAGCUUAGACCGAUUUACCCCUGUUCUGCAUUUUCAAGUUCUUUGCAUUCCUGCCAAGAAAUGCAAUGGAGUGUAGAGGUCUCUCUUGUUGGUUGCAUGUGAAAACGUGAAAGUUGGAUUUUUAUGCUGAAACCGAAAAGUUUGAUCCCAUGCGCUGAUGAAAUGUUGUUUGAAGUUGGGUUUUUUUUUCUUUUUUUUUUUUUUAAAUCUGGGAAAUAAUGAAUGUGUGAUAAAACUGUACAAAGGAGUGAAAGCUGGGAAUUGGUUUGGGAAAUGUUGCCUCUUUUUGAAUUGAACGCGCUAUGUCUUUCUCUGGAAGUCAGUGGUGUUUGGUAUUUCACCCUGAGAUUUCUAAUUAUUUGGUACUUCCAAAGAUUAAGUUAUGCACUUUCAACAUGAAAUCAGCUCAAAAUUUAUUUAGAGUGGCAUUCACAUGGCUAAAAAUAAUAUUUUUUUUAAAGGAUUGGAUCGAAAAGUAGUGUUGCACCUGGAGCAUCCUUAAAACAUGUUAGAUUUUUUCCUGUUUGAAAGGGAUUUUUUCCUGUUUGAAAGGGAACACUUAGAAAGAUACAUGCACUAUGUACAUGUGUAAAAGUAUGAUUAAUCUUUUAAUGUGGUUUGAAAACUUGGUCCCUGGAAUGAUUCGUGAGAAUCAAAAUGUGCCUGUGAAGUGACAAAAAAUAGAUUUUUUCAUGCAUAUUGAGGUAACAAGGUUAUUUUCUGGUACCUUAGUGGCAAAUCAAUGUGCUGAUUUCAUAUUGAAAUGAGUUCUUUCAAGUAUGACAUUAUAUGUAUUUGUUUACCCAUGUGCGAGUGCUUAUUUCUGGGUUGCGAGAAUGUGAACUUAGGGACGCAACUUUAUUUUUAAAUUCUUAAGCACAUGUUAUGUUUGCCUUAUUAUACUUAUUAUACUUCAAAUAACGCUUAUUUGAAAUUUUAUUUGUAUGUGACACAGAUUGGAAAACGGCUUCCAUUUUAUUUCGGGAUGUUUAUUACAGUGAAAGAUCUAAGGGAAUGUUUGGAUAGACAAAGCUUUGUUAAGAUUUGAAGUUCUAUUGUUAGAUACCCAAAGCAUUUCACACAAAAGGUUUUGGAAUCUUUUUAGGUACUAAAUGUACAGUGUUUUCAGGUUUUUGGUUUUAUUUUUUUCUUCAUCAUUUAAUCAUCUGUUGGUGAAGUGUGGAGGAGGGAAAGCAACCCAACCUACAUAGGCUGUCAAUGAUUGCAAGGUAUCUUCUCAUAAUAAUAGUUUUUAAAAAAAGAAUUGAAUGAAUGAGCUUGUGCAUUGCAAACACCAAUUAUUUGAACUUGUUUGGUAAAAGUGAGACCCUGGCUGACUGUAACACUUUGGUUGGGUGACAUUGUGCUACGACGUGAGCAAAUAAAAUAUUUUUCCAUCCAUCA